AUGGGCCAGACCGGGAAGAAGUCCGACAAGGGGCCCGUGUGCUGGCGGAAACGUGUCAAGUCUGAGUAUAUGCGGCUGCGGCAGCUCAAGCGGUUUCGACGAGCGGAUGAGGUCAAGAGCAUGUUUAGUUCCAAUCGUCAGAAAAUUGUGGAAAGAACGGAGAUCUUAAACCAGGAGUGGAAGCAGCGAAGGAUCCAGCCUGUGCACAUCCUGACUUCUGUGAGCUCUUUGCGCGGGACCAGGGAGUGUUCGGUGAGCAGCGACCUGGCUUUCCCCACACAGGCCAUCCCCUUGAAGACGCUGAACGCGGUGGCCUCGGUGCCCAUCAUGUACUCCUGGUCCCCCCUGCAGCAGAACUUCAUGGUGGAAGAUGAAACAGUUUUACAUAACAUCCCUUACAUGGGGGAUGAAGUUCUAGACCAGGAUGGGACUUUCAUUGAAGAGCUAAUAAAAAACUACGAUGGGAAAGUACACGGGGACAGAGAGUGUGGCUUUAUCAAUGAUGAGAUUUUCGUGGAGCUGGUGAAUGCGCUUGGCCAGUACAGUGAUGAUGAUGACGAUGAUGAAGGAGACGACCCUGAGGAGCGAGAAGAAAAGCACAAGGGCCUGGAGGAGGCCCCGGAUGAUAAAGAAAGUCGCCCACCUCGGAAAUUUCCCUCUGAUAAAAUUUUUGAAGCCAUUUCCUCGAUGUUCCCAGACAAGGGCACAGCAGAAGAGCUAAAGGAAAAGUACAAGGAGCUCACGGAGCAGCAGCUUCCCGGGGCACUACCCCCCGAGUGCACCCCCAACAUUGAUGGGCCAAACGCCAAAUCUGUGCAGCGGGAGCAAAGCCUGCACUCAUUCCACACGCUCUUCUGCCGACGCUGCUUCAAAUACGACUGCUUCCUGCACCGUAAGUGUGUCUACUCUUUUCAUGCAACACCCAACACGUACAAGCGAAAAAACACAGAAACCGCUCUGGACAACAAACCGUGUGGACCACAGUGUUACCAGCACCUGGAGGGAGCAAAGGAGUUCGCUGCUGCUCUCACAGCUGAGCGGAUCAAGACCCCGCCAAAGCGCCCUGGUGGCCGCAGGAGGGGGCGGCUACCUAACAACAGCAGCCGGCCCAGUACACCCACCAUCAGUGUGCUGGAGUCUAAAGACACAGACAGUGACCGGGAGGCGGGGACGGAGACGGGCGGGGAGAACAACGACAAGGAGGAGGAGGAGAAGAAGGACGAGACGUCUAGCUCCUCAGAAGCAAACUCCCGGUGCCAAACACCGAUCAAGAUGAAGCCAAACACAGAGCCCCCCGAGAGCGUGGAGUGGAGUGGCGCUGAGGCCUCCUUGUUCCGUGUCCUCAUCGGCACCUAUUACGACAACUUCUGCGCCAUCGCAAGACUUAUUGGGACCAAAACGUGCAGACAGGUGUAUGAGUUUAGAGUCAAGGAGUCCAGCAUUAUUGCACCUGCCCCUGCUGAGGACGUCGACACACCUCCGAGAAAGAAGAAGAGGAAACACCGGUUAUGGGCCGCCCACUGCAGGAAGAUACAACUGAAAAAGGAUGGCUCCUCGAACCACGUGUACAACUACCAGCCUUGUGACCACCCCCGGCAGCCCUGUGACAGCUCGUGUCCCUGUGUGAUCGCACAGAACUUCUGUGAGAAGUUCUGCCAGUGCAGCUCCGAGUGUCAGAACCGCUUUCCCGGCUGCCGCUGCAAAGCACAGUGCAACACCAAGCAGUGCCCCUGCUACUUGGCUGUGCGCGAGUGUGACCCCGACUUGUGCCUGACGUGCGGGGCCGCUGACCACUGGGACAGCAAGAACGUGUCCUGCAAGAACUGCAGCAUUCAGCGAGGCUCCAAGAAGCAUUUACUGCUGGCUCCCUCGGAUGUGGCCGGCUGGGGCAUCUUCAUCAAAGACCCGGUUCAGAAGAAUGAGUUCAUCUCGGAGUACUGUGGGGAGAUCAUCUCUCAAGACGAGGCUGACAGGAGAGGCAAAGUGUAUGACAAAUACAUGUGCAGCUUCCUCUUCAACCUCAAUAACGAUUUUGUUGUGGAUGCAACCCGUAAGGGGAACAAAAUCCGUUUUGCGAAUCAUUCAGUAAAUCCAAACUGCUACGCCAAAGUGAUGAUGGUAAAUGGUGACCAUAGGAUCGGCAUCUUUGCCAAACGGGCCAUCCAGACUGGCGAGGAGCUGUUCUUUGACUACAGAUACAGCCAGGCGGAUGCCCUGAAGUACGUGGGCAUUGAGAGAGAGAUGGAGAUCCCCUGA